CAAUGAAGAGAGAGCAACGGCAAACUGACACCCUAUCGCUGACGACGACGGGAUGUAAAACGCCGAGCGAGAGCGAGAGCGAGAGCGAGAGGUCAACUGCAGGAGAGAGACAAAAUGGGACAAGAGCUGAGAACCACAUUACCCACCAUCAAGACUGAGCAUUAAAAAGAACACAGGGAAAAAUCAUAUGCUGGAUUAUCAUUCGAAUGAUUUAAAAGUCUGAACUCUACAUGUGGCACACCUUAGUACCUCUCGAGCAAUGCGCGGCGGAGGUAUGUACUUUACGUAUUAGGUCCAGCUCUGAUUGGUUUACCACCCCGGCCACGUGAUAAAGCAAAGCGCCACGUCCUAUGAUUGGUUCAUCGGGUCUACACAUGACGUCACCAUCCUGCGUCGCCGUGGCGGCGUUUACGGAUUUGGGUCCACAGAAGGGUCGGUGACGAGUGGCGAGGCCCCUGCCUGUGCCCGUGCCUGCUAAAGAUGGCCACUCGGGUCCAAGCGGCGGCGGCGGCGGCGGCGGCGCUCUUGAUGCUUUUGGCCCAAAGCGCUCGGCCUGUGGACGUCCCUCUGGAAAGUGAGUGCCUCAGCUUCCUCUGCUGCUCUUUCACGCCGACUCACGUUCAUUCUUUGGCAGUCCGCCAACCACCGACCAUCACCAAGCAGUCGACCAAGGAGCAUAUCGUGGACCCCAAGGACAACAUGGUGAUUGAGUGCGAGGCCGAGGGCAACCCGCAUCCCAUCUUCUCUUGGCGGCGCAACGGCAAGUAUUUCAACGUGGCGCGCGACCCGCAGGCGAGUAUGCGCAGACGCUCUGGGACGCUGGACAUCUCGGCCCGGAACGAUCCGCGACAGUAUGAGGCAGAAUACCAGUGCAUCGCCUCCAACCAGUACGGCUCGGCGUACUCCGACAAGAUCAGAGUGCGACUCUACAGGGCUCCCGUGUGGCCGAGGGAGAUCGUGGAACCGGUGGUGAUCAGCGCCGGCUCGCCUUUGGUGCUGGCCUGUGACCCUCCGGCGGGGCCGCCUAAACCUGACACCUACUGGAUGUCCAGCUGCUCCUACGCCAGACCCUUUAACUGGCCAAUUCAAACAGCGUUCCCCAGCAUGCGCGCCGUGCGGCAGGACCAUCGGGUGUCGGCGGGGCUCAACGGGGAUCUCUACUUCUCCAACGUGCUGCCCAACGACUCGGCCUCCGACUUCUGCUGCAGCGCCCGCUUCCCGUACAAGAACGCCAUCCAGCAAAAGAUGCCGGUGGUGGUCAAGGUCGUCAGCACCCGGGCCGUGGAGGAGGCCGCCCCGACCUGGUUGUCUCCUACAGGUUCAUCCAGUUCUGUUCUGGUCCUGCUGGGAGAGGAGCGACUGCUGGAGUGUAUUGCCGCAGGAGUGCCCACACCUCAUAUUAGCUGGACCAAGAACAGUGAGGACUUGGCGGAGAGCCCUCGCCUGAAACUCCGACACUUCAACAAGAUGCUUCAAAUGCCAAAGGCGGGCUUUGAGGACGCAGGCGAGUACGUCUGCACCGCCACCAAUAAGAUGGGCUCCAUCCAGCACACCUUUGCUGUCACGGUCAAAGCGGCGCCGUUCUGGUUGGAAAAGCCCCGGCAUUUAGUCUUGGCUCCCGAGGAAAGCGGGCGCUUGGUGUGCCGCGCCGACGGCGCUCCUCAUCCCACGGUCAGGUGGUUCAUCAACGGCGAGCCCAUCGAGGGCGCCGCCGCCGCCGCUCAAGCCAACAGACAGGUGUCGGGAGAUACUCUGAGCCUCAGCAGCGUGACGGCGGCGGACACGGCCGUGUACCAGUGCAACGCCUCAAACCCGUACGGCUACGUAUUGGCCAACGCCUUUGUCAACGUCCUGCAUGCAACGCCCCGCAUCCUCGGGGCCAGGAAUGAAGUCAUCAAGGUGGUGGAGGGACGUGGUGCCUUUUUGGACUGCCGCUACUUUGGCUCUCCGCUGCCCGACCUGCGAUGGUCCAAAUACGGCCAGGGGACUCUGGAAGGAAAUCGCUUUAAGACGCACAGCAACGGCACCCUGGAGAUCAGGCGCACGCAGAUAGAGGAUCAAGGAACGUACGCGUGUGCGGUCAGCAACGUCGCAGGGCGAGACGAGACUCAAGUCCGAAUUGAGGUCAAAGAACCCACCUUGAUUUUGAAAAGGCCGCAGGAUACCAGAGUGAUCCGUGGAAGCGAGGUGCGUUUGGAGUGUGCCGCCAAAGCGGACGCAACCGCCCCCAUCACCACCGCUUGGAUGAAGGACACAAAGUCCGUCACACUUGGCCGGAGAAUAUGGCUGGAUGAAUCCAAUCUCGUCCUCGGCAACGUAAACAGAGGUGACGCCGGCGUCUACACGUGCCACAUCGAGAACGAACUGGAGCAGAAGUCUGCGUCGGCGCGCCUCAUGGUGCUGGACUACCCGAAUGCGCCCUCGAAACUGGAGCUGUCGGAUCCGUACGAACGGAGCGUGAGACUUACUUGGGUCCCCGGGGACAGCAACUUCAGCCCCAUCACGGAAUACUUGGUCCAAUAUGAUGACGACGACUGGUUACCUGGAAAGUGGAAGAACUUGUCAACGUACCCCGGAAGCCUCAACUCGGUCAUUCUGCACCUGACACCUUUCACGUACUACCAGUUCCGCGUCAUCGCCGUCAAUCAAAUUGGUGCGAGUCGCCCGAGUCGUCCGUCGGUGCGAUUCCAGACGAGCGGAGCACCUCCGGACGUCAUCCCAAAGAACGUGAAAGGAGUCGGAACGUGGGGAAACAACAUGGAGAUCAGCUGGGAGCCUCUGACAUACCGGGAGUGGAAUGGGCCGCACCUCAAGUAUUUGGUCUGGUGGCGGAGACGAGACUCCAGAGAGGAGUGGAAGAACGCCACCACCAAGUGGCUCAAGUAUUAUAUCUACGACGCGGAUACGUUCACGCCCUACGAGCUGAAGGUCCAGGCCGCCAAUGACUUUGGCCUGGGCCCGGAGUCUCCCGUUGUCAUCGGUUACUCCGGGGAAGACCGUCCUGUUAGCGCGCCGCAGAACCCGAGACUGUCGGAUAUUCAGGCCACCCGGGCGACUGUGCGCUGGGACCCGGUGCCGCAAAGCUCCAUUAUGGGCCAACUGAAAGAGUACAAGGUCUACUACUGGAGGGACAGCAGCCAGCUGAGGUGGCUGCGAGUCAGCAGAGCCACCAGGUCCCGAGCCUUUGCAGAAACCGGUCCCGAGCCUUCGGGGCUCCUCACCGACCUGCUCCCCUACAGCAACUAUAAGAUGUACAUGGUCGUGGCCAACGGUCGCUACGAAGGGCCACCCAGCAACUACGUCCACUUUUCCACACCGGAAGGAGUACCAUCGGCUCCCACAUCCUUCAGGAUCCGCCAGCGACACCUUGACAGUAUCUAUGUGGACUGGGAGCCACCGGCGGAACCCAACGGAAUUAUCAGCGGCUAUUCCCUCAAGUACCAGACAGUGAACGCCAGCAGGGGAGAGGAGCAGAGAGUGGAGGAGUUCCCGCCAAACGUCACCAGUUUCUCGCUGCGCCGAGACGACCGCUACACCCGAUACCGCUUCUCUGUGGCCGCUCGGACCCGACUGGGUUUGGGCCCGUGGCAUACGGAGGAGUCGCCGCACUACACCACCGAGAUCUACGCCCAGGAUCAGGUGGACGUCUCCACCAAGGGCUGGUUCGUCGGCGUCAUGUGCGCCGUGGCCCUCGUGGUGCUGACGCUGCUCGUGGUGUGCUUCGUCAAGAGAAGCCGAGGGGGCAAAUACCCAGUGCGGGAAAAGAAAGCCACCGCCUUAGAAGCUGUGGACGACGUGGAUCAAGACGGCUCCUUUGACUACCGCAGCUCUCUGGAAAGGCUGGCCCGUGUCACGGCUCUGCCCUACCCACGCUGGGAGGAGGAGAGGGGGCUUCAGAGAGGACCACCUUCGAUGGAAGCCGUGAUGAAAAGGUGCGAGAGCGACGAUAGCCUGGUGGAUUACGGGGAUGGCGGCGGAGAAGUGCCCUUCACUGAGGACGGCUCAUUCAUUGGCCAGUACACGGCGCCAAGGAGAGACGUGAGAGACUUGGACUUUGGCGGCAGUUUGGAGCUUCAUUCUCCACUGAACGCCAUCUACUCGCUGGCUUGAAAAAGCAGAGCGGCAGGUGUUCUCCAAGCAGCUUUUGAGGGGGCACCCGUACGAGAAGACACGCCACGCAGGCCCUGCCGGCGUGGGCCGCCGAGAUCCCCGAUGACUUUAUCAUGUUGAUAAGACAAAAGAAAUGCAGGACAGAAAGAUUCCAUCGCUCGUCUCUUUUGUGUCAACAUCCAUCGACAAGCGUGACGCCUUGAGAGCGCCCGUACCGAGUCGCCGGAGAUACAUAUCGAUUCCAAAGACUAACUCUCGCUUCCCUCCCGCCGCUCUCGUGGCAGCUCGGACGUAACUUGUUGUAACCUUCCACUCACCGCAGAAAAAUGUCUAAUGUCCAUCGCUUGAUCCUUGUUCCAACCAAUAUCAAUUUCUGGGAAGUCAAA